AUGCGGACGCCAGUGGUAAUGACCCUGGGCAUGGUGCUCGCGCCCUGCGGGCUGCUGCUCAACCUGACCAGCACGCUGGCGCCUGGCUGGCGGGUAGUGAAAGGUUUCCUGAACCAGCCAGUGGACGUGGUGCUGUACCAGGGCUUGUGGGACAUGUGCCGCGAGCAGAGCAGUCGCGAGAGAGUGUGCGGCCAGCUGGACGAGUGGGGUUACUUCUCAGCCGAGCCCGUGCUCGUGGCGCGGGGACUUAUGAUUACGUCGCUGGCCACCACAGCCCUGGGGCUGCUCUUGGCGACGCUCGGAGUGCGCUGCUGGCAGGAUGAGCCCCACUUCCUGCUGGCCGGCCUCUCGGGCCUCGUGCUCUUCGCCUCGGGGCUCUUAAGCCUCAUCCCUGUCUCCUGGUACAACCACUUCUUGGGGGACCGCGACGUGCUGCCCGCCCCGUCCAGCCCGGUCACGGUGCAGGUCAGCUACAGCCUGGUGUUGGGCUACCUAGGCAGUUGCCUGCUGUUGCUGGGCGGCUGCUCUCUGACGCUCAGCUUGGCACCUUGGUGCGAGGAGCGUUGCCACCGCUGCCGAAAGGCGCCCGCCGCCAGCCUGCGCCGCAGCAGCAUCAGCACGGUGUACGUCGACUGGCCGCAGCCGGCGCUCACGCCUGCCAUCAAGUACUACAGCGACGGCCAGCACCGACCGCGGCCUGCCGAGCAGGGCGCCGCCAGCAAGCCUAAGGUCGGCUUCCCCAUGCCGCGGCCGCCGCCCAAGUCCUACAGCAACCCAGUGGACGUGCUCGACGGGGAGACGGCAGCCGAGUCCCAUGGCACUUCCUCUCGCAGCACCCGGCUCUACCAUAGUUCGCUUCCCUGCGACUCUGACCUGUAA